AUAUCAAAUACGCCAUCAUCAAUCUUGCAGAUUUUUGGAGACUCUCUACCUACGUGAAGAUUAGGGUUUCUGCUUGCGAAUCAGCCUCCCAAACAGUUUGGUACGCUUUUGUAUUGGUCAUUAUGGUCUCGAUUAGCUUUAUAUCUAUCUUUUUGUUUGAUUGUAGGGAAAAGUGGCAUGUUGCGGGUGUUUUUCCCCUUUCGGUUUGGUAAAACCUGAUUUUGGAACAAGGAUUUUGAGGUAUGGGGAAGAGGAAAUCCAGAUCAAAGCCACCACCUAAGAAGCGGAUGGACAAGCUUGACACCGUCUUUAGCUGUCCUUUCUGCAACCAUGGAACCUGCGUUGAAUGCCGCAUUGAUAUGAAGAACUUGAUUGGGGAAGCCUCCUGCAGAAUAUGUCAAGAGAGCUUCAGUACCAACGUCACAGCUUUGACUGAGCCCAUUGACAUAUAUAGUGAAUGGAUUGACGAAUGUGAACGGGUUAAUAACCUUGAAGACGACGGUGCUUAGGAUGAAAGACCAGAUGCCUUUGAACACUAGUUCCAGUGCUGGAGUAGCUAUUAAUAACCGAGCCAGGGACUAUCUUAGUUUUAAUACUCUUGACACAUGGUAUCUAAUUCCGUGUUAGUGUGAGAGAAUAAUUUGUAAGCAUUUCAAGGUAACCACAUUAGGAAUGUGUCCUACGUAGGUGAUCCAAAUAUCAAAUGCUCCCAUGCAUUGUGCUGUAAUACUUCAGAUUUAUGUGCUGAUAUAUUGUGAUGUAUGAUAAAUGUGUAGCUUGGAUUUUUGUUC